CGAAGAUACGUCAGCUGCGUUUCGAGGGCAGGAGAUACGAUUGACACAACAACAACGAUAAAUGAUUAAUCAUAGGAUUCAGGAUCAUACAAUUAGUGAUUAAUAUAUUGAAAUACGAUUGAUUCCGCUUUCUCGAAAGCGAGACAGGUUCACGCUUGGCAGCGGGAGGAGAGCAAAAGUGCUGCACCUGGGUGCAUCUCCAGGGAUUGACGCACGUGAAUGAAUGUAGUACACGCGCUCGUAGCUGUCAUUGACCGAGCAUCGUUUUCUCCGCCGAUCCGUAGAAUUGCGGGCGCGAGAGAAAAACGGGAAGGUGUUCCCGAGAACGCGCUGUUCGCGCCGUUCGAUCCCCCCGAUGUCGCUCACGCGAGAAGGGACACGUCGCGACGUGACGCGCAUGUCAUCGCGCAGCUGUCACCCGUAAACAACCCGUAACAGAGAGCGGUGUCAGAUGUUUGGGAACUGUCAGAAACUGUUGGAACUCUGGAGUUGGUACGCUGCUCAAUCAAUGUCCUAUCACUGACCAUUUUAGAUGUUUGUCCAUCCGACAUCUACAUAGAAACAAGUGACUCGAUCGUUUUUGAAACCAGGAUGUCUGUUACCGAAGAGAGAAUUCAAGAGCUAAAUCGACGUUUCCUAGAAUAUAUGAGCAAGCCAGAAAAUGUUGAAACAGCUACAAAGGAGAUUUAUGAAGACUUGUUGGAUGAGGUAUUGAUGGGUUUUGUUUUUGAUGUGCAUCGUACCACCAAGACUGGCAGUUCUGACGUCGAGGAAGGCAUUCCCGAUGACGAAUCAUAUGCUAUUGUUGAUUCGCCUGGUCUAGAUGUAUUUGGUCAACAUCCGGUGAAGAAAUCGCAGGAGUGUAACUGUCCAAAUUGUGAGCGCAGUGUGGCCGCGUGUAUAUUCGCUAAUCAUCUGGCAAAGUGCAUAGGUAUGGGCAGGAACAGUUCGCGUAUCGCGUCGCUUCGUAUCGCCAAUAACUCCAAAGAUUUGAAUAAUUACGGGGGUGUAUUGAGCGACAACGACGACGACGUGGACUGGAGUCUGACCAACGACAGCGGUAGCAAACGUAAACGUCCGCGCAAGGAUCGCAACGGCGUGAGUAAGCGUUCGGGCAAGCAGCAGAAGCAACAGGGAAACGCCGCUGGCGGAAGCGGUUCUUCGCAGAGAAACGGCGAGACCAAUGCCAUUGUCAGCGGCAGCGGUACCGUCCACAGCAGCAACGAGAACUCGCCGUCGAAUUAUGAGAACAUGUCCCUCGUGGAUAAGCGAGCGUUGCUUACGCAAAUUUGCGGCGUUGUAUCCGAACACACGAAGAAAUUAUGCACCAGAUCGAUUCGAUGCCCACAGCAUACUGACGAUCAACGCAAGGAGGUACGUGCCAACCUCGACUCCAGUGGCGGUAGCAACAGCCAGGAUAAUCUUCACGUCGACGUGGACACGUACGAGGAGAGUGAUGGCCAGAAUCUGCGGGAUACUUUAACGAGAUGGGAUCGGGAAGGUUCAAGUCACUCCAGUCCGGCCGACUCGGCUUCGACUACGUCUACCUCGUCGAUCAGUCGGAAACGGGAGACCAAAUCUAAGGGCAAGGGAAAGGCUUCGUCGAAACGCGAUCGCGGUUCCCCGAUCUCGCAAGGAGACUGAGGGGAGGGGAGACGGUAUAAAAUUAUUCCUCGGUCUAGAAUUAUUUCUCGGCGGCAGAGAAAUAUUGUAUGAUAAUGUUCCUAUGUGCUGUAUAUAGCUUGAAGGAGGUCUAAGGAGGUCUUCUUCUAGAGAUAAUUACGAAGCCAGUUCGCAUAAUACUUAAUCUUAAAUAUCUCCCAAGUGUUCUUUUAUAAUAAUUAUUUUUAAAAGAUAAACAGCUGUGUGUGUGUGUAAGAGUUUCAACGAAAGACGCGCAAGAUAUAUUAGUAUCUUCGAUCUGAACAAAAUUGAAUGUAUUUAAC